UUCCCAUGGUGCAGGUUUAGAGACUUUGGAGGACCUGAGAGGCACAGGGACUAUCCCAGGAUGAAGAAAUAGUAAGGAAAAGGAGGUCUGCAUUCAUCUCUGUCUCCUCAAAACUAGGUCCCUAGUUAGGUUUCCAGGGACCUGUGGGUAGGGCUAUGUGGUCUCAUUGUGUACAGUUCAAGAGAUGACGUGGGGUCAUAGACCUCAACAGAUCUUAGAACUCUGGUAACCAGGCACCCACAUUGCCCCAUCCAGCUCACUUGAUUGGAGACAGUCAACAGGCAAAGAUGUUUUGUUGUUGUUUCCCAACUUUUGGAGGAUCUGGGCUCAAAAAAUCCCAGAAAGAGAAUCUUUUUGGUAGUUGGCGAUGUUGGCUCAGCCUUAAUUCUUGACGCCUCUGGGCAUCUGGCAGGAGGCAGUGAAAGGUAACACGGGGCAGCCCAGGAGAGGCUAGUGCAGGCCAGGGCACAGCUGUGAUCCCACCUGAUCAGCCCCACACCCCUUGCCCCUCUUUGUGUGUGUGUGUGUGUGCAUGUGUCUGUGAGGAGGAGAGAAGGCAGGACAUAAGGGGCGGGUCAUUCCUGAGCAGGAGCUGGUUGUUAGGUGUCGGAAACCUAACAGCUAGGUCAUGUUCAUACCUCAGGCCAUGCCUGGCAGCAUGAGAAGGUGAGCUCCUCUACUCAUAUUGUUACCGAGCACUAGAGGAUUCAUCUCCUUCCCUCCCUGACCAGAGUUCUUUGCAGGGAUGCCCCUCUGUGCCUGAACUGAGGAACAGAUAUUCUCUUGGCGGUUGGCCCCAGUGGCAGUGUGCAGGCAGCCCCUGAUUUCUUCUGGCCCAGUUCCCAGGCAGUCUUUGCAGAACUCCACUCAGGAGGUUGUUGAGUAACUGCCCAAUGGUUUCAACUCCACCAACUCACUAGACAAGGGGCAGGUACAUGAGGCCACCCACACUUUGCAGUGCUGCUCUGAGAUGAGAGCAGGAGCAGAGGGUCUCCACACUCAGGAGCUUGAGAUGACGGGGUUGGACUAGAACUAGGGAGGGACCAGACUCAGGCUGUCCCUUUUUUAAGCUAAAGGGGAUGUACAUGAAUGUCAUCUUGCCUGGUUAGGAGAUGAGCUGCCGUGACCCUCUUACCCUUGUCCGGUGUGAGCUUCUGGAGGCCACUGAGGCAGAGCCAGAUGCGUCAGCUGCAGAGAUCCAGCCAGCGGCAGAAGAAGAGCAGUGGGCAGUGGUGGAGGUAGAGCUGGCUCCAGCUCCGUUGACACCACCCCCUCUAGCACUGGAGCCAGUGUCCCCUCCACCAGCAGUGUUGGAGGUGGAGCAAGGGCCAACAUGGGCUCCAGCAGGAGUGGGAGCUGCUGAGCUGGAGUCACCUGGACCAUCAUUUCUAGUGAGAAGUCCAUCUCCACCUGUGGCUCUUAAGGAGCAUGAGAAGCUUAAUCUCAUGGCCUUCCCUCCUAAGCUGGUGGUGGAGCAGUUUACCAUGAUGGAUGCGGAGCUCUUCCAGAAGGUGGUGUCCUCUCCAUGCCUGGGCUCCACGUGGGGCAAGAGGAACAAGCCCGGCAAUGAGCACCAGACACCCAACCUCCAGGCCACCGUCGACCACGUCAGAAGGGUGGCCAGCUUCCUCAUCAUCCCCUGCCUCGGGGACCCGAGCAUGACAGCCCAGGACAGGGAGUUCGAGAUCCUGAAGAACUUCUUCUCGUCCUGCACUGUCAACUCUGCUCUACAGAAAACCUUCACAAGCCACCUGAAGAACACACGGGGGAAGUUUCCCGGGGAAUGGGAUCAACCUUGAGAAGAGGACUGAGGAGCAGCUGUGGCACUCCCUGCAGGGGAGAGGAAGGAGGUGGAAAUCAGAGACCUUCUGGGCAGAACAGUCCUUGGCUCCACCCGCUGUAUCUUACAUUGAAUGGAAGAGUUUGAUACCAGAGAAGUGGGAGACCCAUCCAAUUGGCGACUACAGCUUGUCCUGCCAGCCAGAGCGCUAGACCUACUUGGCUGCAGAGUACGCAAGGCCAAGAAGAACCGGCCAUCAUCAAGGUCAGGGGGAGACUGAGAUCUCAAAAUUAUCAAGAAGCUGAAGCUCCCCAACUCCCGCUUCCUGGCGCCGAAUCCACCAUUCAUCACAGGGACAGACAAACAGAGGACACCUGCAGCUCCCCUAACUCAGCUAAACGCAGGCUGAUGGGAGGACGCCGAACUGCAAAGCCGCAGCUCCCCUCCCCCACCUAAAACCUUGUAAACUGUAAUCGUUAAUUGGCAGCAGUUGCCGUCCACACCCCAAGGCCAAAUUUCUGGUGAUGAGAGAAGAUUGGUUGAUGGAGCCCUAGAUCUCCCGCUGUAGAUAGAGAUGACAGCCGGCUUGGCGCCAGAAGACUGGGAUCUCUCCUCCAACAAAUA